GAAUGAGUUUCUGCAAAAAAAGAAUAAGCCACCGUCAUCUUCAAGUGACCGUGAUAAUUUCUAGUUUGAUAAUCAUAUUGCCUUGAUUACUAUUGGUAGUAUAUUUUAUAGUUCAGUUCGUAAAUACAAUGGCAAACUUGAGACGACUGUCAAAGGAGUAAUAAAAUGCCUUGUCAUAGUCGGAUGUAUUAUGAUUUUUUCUGGAUUCCUAGGUCUCUUUGGAUCUUGCUUAAAUAGUAAUGAUGUACUUUGCUUGUUUUCUGUUGGUUUGGUCACCAUAAUUAUUGUUCAGCUUGGAACUGGAAUAACAUGCCUUUGUUAUCAUGUAAAGUUGUGGGAUAAUCUACAUUUGAGCAUGAAGAAAGCAGUUGAAAAUUAUCAUUUCAAUAAAACGAUAAGCACCAUUAUGGAUAAAAUUCAUAGAGAUCUUAAAUGUUGUGGUUCACUUAAUUACUUAGAAUAUGGAGAUAAAAUUCCCUCGUCCUGUCAUGAAGAUGGUUCCAUUUACAAAAAUGGUUGUACUGAUGUAUUAAAUCAAUUCGGUAGCCAAUUUCUAACUAUUGGUACAGUUUUCUCAUUUAUGUUCAUAAUCCUUGAAAUAAUAACAAUUGGAUGUUCCAUAUAUUUAACUGCAUAUAUCGAUGCAAAAGAUCAGAGAUGACAUCUUUUUUUUUCUUAUCGCAUCAAUCACUGAGAUUAUUAUUAUGAAUGGUUAAGAAGUCAUUGAAAUUAGUACACUAUUGAUCUUUUGUAAAAUGAUUUACAAUAUCUUUGUAAGUAAAUAAGAUGUAAUUAGAAAUCAUUAUUAUAUUUACAUGUUUUUUUUAUGUAAAUACUUUAUAUUUGUCUUUCACUUUUAUUUUUCAAGUUGUUGAGUAAAUAAAACAUCUCAUCAC